GGCGCACGGGCGGGCUGCAUCGGGGGAUCUGAACGGGCUGCGGGCAACGGGCAGCGCCCCGGGUCUGCGGCGCCGCACCUCGCAGCCGGCGCUGGGGGUGCUGCCCAUGGGCCGGGCCCGGGCUUCAGGCGUGCCGGGAGCCGGCAGGCAUGCCCCGGACACUGAGCACCUCCAACAUGGUCACCCCAGGCAGACUCAGCCCGCCCCCUACAGAGCCUACAGAUGGCGAGCAGGCCGGGCAGCUCUUCCUAGAUGGAGCACCAUCCUCAGCCUCUCUGGACACCCUGAUUCAGCACCUGGUACCCACAGCUGACUACUAUCCAGAGAAAGCUUAUAUCUUCACCUUCCUGCUGAGCUCUCGCCUCUUCAUUGAGCCCCGGGAGCUUCUGGCCAGGGUCUGCCACCUUUGCAUCGAGCAGCAGCAGCUGGACAAGCCGGUGCUGGACAAGGCCCGGGUUCGAAAGUUUGGCCCCAAAUUGCUCCAAUUGUUGGCCGAGUGGACAGAGACCUUCCCACGGGAUUUCCAGGAGGAGUCGACCAUCGGACAUCUGAAGGAUGUAGUGGGCCGCAUAGCCCCCUGUGACGAGGCCUACAGAAAGAGGAUGCAUCAACUCCUACAGGCCCUGCACCAGAAGCUGGCGGUUUUGGGCCAGGGGUCUGAAGGCCUCGCAGGUGCUGACAAGCCCAUCUCCUACAGAACCAAGCCACCAGCCUCCAUCCAUAGGGAGCUCCUUGGCAUCUGCAGUGAUCCCUACACACUGGCCCAGCAGCUGACCCACGUGGAGCUGGAACGACUGCGACACAUUGGACCUGAGGAGUUUGUCCAGGCUUUUGUGAACAAGGACCCUCUGGCCAGUACAAAGCCCUGUUUCAACGACAAGACUAACAACCUGGAGGCUUAUGUGAAAUGGUUCAACAGACUGUGCUACCUUGUGGCAACUGAGAUCUGCAUGCCAGCCAAGAAGAAGCAGAGGGCCCAGGUGAUCGAGUUCUUCAUUGACGUGGCCCGAGAGUGCUUCAACAUCGGCAACUUCAACUCCCUGAUGGCCAUUAUAUCCGGCAUGAACAUGAGCCCCGUCUCCAGACUGAAGAAGACUUGGGCCAAAGUGAAGACAGCCAAGUUUUUCAUCCUGGAGCACCAGAUGGACCCAACGGGGAAUUUCUGCAACUACAGGACAGCCUUGCGAGGGGCAGCCCACCGCUCCCUGACUGCGCACAGCAGCCGGGAGAAGAUCGUCAUUCCCUUCUUCAGCCUACUCAUCAAAGACAUCUACUUCCUGAAUGAAGGCUGUGCCAACCGCCUUCCCAAUGGACAUGUCAACUUUGAGAAAUUUCUGGAACUGGCCAAGCAGGUUGGAGAGUUCAUCACAUGGAAACAAGUGGAAUGUCCUUUUGAGCAAGAUCCCAGCAUCACCCAUUACCUGUACACUGCUCCCAUCUUCAGUGAGGACGGUCUUUAUUUGGCUUCUUAUGAAAGUGAGAGCCCAGAAAACCAAACAGAAAAAGAAAGGUGGAAAUCUCUAAGAUCUUCUAUUUUGGGAAAGACAUGAGAAGCCCUGAGCUGAAGAAGGAGGAAGAGAUGGAGCCAGCAGAGGCCAUCCAUAGCCCCGCCUCAAAUGGCCCAGUUGUCGGAGGCAGAAGCAGUGCCUCACUACUUUGCAAACCGAGACCUUGUGGCCCGGUGCCCACCACAAUAGCCACAUGGGCACUGGAAACCUUUUGUGGGACUUCAGCCCUGGCAGACCAGACAGGGCCCCCAGACAUGUGGGUGUCACAUGCCUUGGCAACACCCUGCCUUAAGGACAGUGGAGGCCAUGUUGCCAGUCAGUCUGUCCAUCCUGGAAAAGGACAUGGUGCUAUCCCAGAGAAUGGAGCAAAUGCAAUCUCAUUAUCUUGCUGAGUGACAUGCACCACACAGGUCCAUACAGUUUGUCGCCAGUUGGUUGGGAGCAGGCAUUGUGACAUAAUGUGAAUUAUGCCUAUACAAACUCAGAGCCUACCAGUGGCCCCUGCCAUUCUGCUGAUGGACUGCUACCCUGUCCCUCCCAAUGGGCUUGUCUCUGCAGUCCCACGUACCCUUCCCUUUCUUGAUCCUGCUGGUAUCAGGAUAACUUUCUGGUGACAGUUGUGAAACAGGUCAGCAGGACAUAGCUGUGAAACAGGUCAGCAGGACACACUUGGGUCAUAAAGUUGACAAUAAUACUGUUGCCUAGUUCCCUUGUAAACUUUAGAGUUGGUAUAAACACAUUUUCAUAAAUCCUGGAUAUCCAUGUCCACACUGAGUCACAGACCCUUGGGCCUUAGGUAGUAUUCAGUCAAGGCACAGGUCAACUCAACCCCCAGAAUAUUGUAGCUGACAUUCAAGGGUAGGGUGUGGUGGCCAUUUCCUAUCCAUAGACCCCCAUGUCAUGCUGACAUAGCCUGGUGCAUAUUAGGUGCUCAGUAAACCUUUGGUGAAUGGAUACCAACUGACCUGUAUGUGUUCAAAUGCCUCUUGUACAGAGAGGGUGAUGAUAAAACCAAUUGAGGC